AUGCUAGUGCUAGGGCUUGGCUACGGAUUCGAAGCCGCAGCUUUACGACAGCGUGAUCCAUACGUGGAAGCGCUGGAGGGCGUCGAGCUCCUCCUGUCCGGCUCUCCACAGAAGAUGCAAUCGGGCGAGCUUCUGCUUGGGCUCUCUGCAUGGCACCUCUAUCCCGACCUCAAUGUACUUGAUGUUGCUACAGCUAUUGUGCGGCAACAAGAUCGGCUCGUGCCGGCAUAUGGCAUUUUGACUAUCGGCUUCAAGCGGGGGGAUGACUACGAUGUCCGGGGCUUGCAAUGGUCUUUGCCCCUAGCCCACCUUCGAUACUAUGCGAUCCGGUCUCAUGCACCCGACAUGUCACUGUUGAAGGAUCCCGACUGUCUCCAAAUGAGUUUCACCAGGCUACGAACUUGGCGGUUGGGGCAUUUGCGGUGUUACAGAUGA